AUCCUUCCAAAACCCCAUUCAGUUCAAUUUGUAGUGUCUGCGCCAGUCGCUGCUUGAACAAAGGAGAAUAAUGUAUUUAAUAAGCAGCGCGGAUCCUCUCCGUGCGACGCAGAUUAUGGUUCACUGACGAAUACGGUUUCUUACUAUAUAGCGAUUUUAUUCUCGGCAUUGACAUUGCUGUAGUAUUCGCUCCCAGUAUUAACCCUGUCCGCUUCAGCGCUGCGUCUCCCUGCCGGCCGAGCGCCGUAACGCGGCCAAUGAAAUCGGGGAGGCGGGGUCGCCCGGAGGGGGCUGCUGAUGUUUUUCUCCGAGUAUUAAUACAAGACUCAUUAUAUCGGGCAAAUCUGCUGGGUUGGAAACGCAGUUUCCAGAAAAGAGGCGAGAGCGACACGUGCGACGAUCUUCACUGGCAACUGUAAGAAAACGGCCAGCUGAUGAUGACAAUCGAUUGAAUACCCUCGAUCGCUGUCUGACUCCAGCAAAUGCUGCAAGGGCAUGCAGUGCCCCCUCCCGCUAACUGACUGGAGCUGGUGAGCGGGGCAUGGGAGGGUGAGAGCCUGCCGGAACCUCAAUGCUGACCAGCGCCAGCAGCGAGAAGGGACCAGCCACCAUGGUGACACUGGUUACAGAGAGACUGCAGCAGCAGAGACUGACCGACUCCCCCUGCAGGACACACAGCGUCAGCCUGGGCUCCACUGAGACCGAGAGCCAAACUGGGAACCAGUCAUUUCAUAGUAUCCAUGGUGACUGGAAUGUAGCCGGCCAGAGCGUCGCCCCCAGGGCUGAGAGUUUGGUCAGGACUGUUCCCCUUCCGGUGAGGGGCGACCAUGCAGCAGGGCCGGGUGAACGGGUCGGGUCGGGCGGCGCACACGGCUGGCCGUGCAUCCUGAGCCCCAGCGCGCCCUGCCGCCCCUCGCUGGCCCUGCCCACCAAACGCCACUGCCGCUCCCUGUCAGAGUCCGACAAGCUGCUGCGCUGCCGGUCGCCGUGGAAACCCGGUAGCGGAUCCGGAGUGUGGACGACGGUCUCCCAGCACCGAGACGGUGACAGGUCGCCGGAAGUGACGACCUUCAUCCCCCGGCCCUCGUCUGCCAGCAGCGGCUUCGCGGACGGCAGCGAGAGGAGCGACGUCUGCUCUCCCUGGUCAUCCUCCUCCGCGCCGCACCGCUCGUCCGACGGCAGCCCCUGCUGCUGCUUCUCGGUCUCCCAGGAGCUGCUGGACGCAGCGGUACUGGCCCCCCUUCCCAGGCCCCGCUGCCACUCCCAGCCCAGUGAGCUGCAGGAGCACCGGAACCGGCUUAAGCGGCGCCGUGGGGAAGGCCCACCGUGGACCCGCCCUGCGCUGGACUUCCUGAAGAUGACCCGGACAUUAAAAAGUUCCAGAAGCCUUUGCUCCCUUGACUAUGAGGACACUGGGGACCCUGAGAUGGACCCUGAGAUGGCGCUGUCACCUUCCGCCCGUGAUCCGGCCGCAGAUCCGGCCGGGCCUGGCGUCAGCCUCGCUGCAGACCAGCUGUCCCUGGAUCGUCACCACACCCCCCACCUGAAAAGCACGGCGGCCCUGAGCGAGAGUGACGAGGAGGCCAGCGACAGCGAGCGCACCGAGGCGGCCGCGUUCCCUCUGGAAUGCGGCGAUUUGGACCUGGAGGAGAUAGAAAACAACUGAUUCCCCGGUGACCUCAAGCCCCCAUCUACGUGUGGGAGGCUCUGGCCAGAGACGGACCUGCCUGGGUCUACAGGAUGCCGAAGAUGAGAUGAAAUUAAAAUGGGAAAAUUAAUGAAUCACUUGACUUUGCUGUAGAAAAAAGUCAAAUGUGUCACUGGGGGGAAAAACCAGCACCUGUUAACCUUUACCGAGGGUCAGACUGGAUCGGACUGGAUUAGUCGUGUUAUCGGCGCGGUGGCGAUGCCUGACUGGCUUGGAGUGACCAGUAAAUGUACGUCUCAGUAGCUGGGGAUCUACAUGGAGGGGGGGCACCAUUUAAGCAGCAGCUUCUGUGGAUGUGUAAUACAGGCUGAAGUACAUCACCAGAGGGUGCCAUUCUAUACUUUAUUCAUAUGCUUUUCAGUAACGCAAACAGACAGACAAGAAGAAUAUACCAGCAAGUGCCAACAUGAACAUCACACAGAGAUAAAACCUGGGAAGAAAUACAGUACUAUGGGGGGGGGGGGGGGGGGGGGGUCGGCAAAAACAAGGCAGACACUACAGACUUAGACAAAUCAUAUCAUUUUUAUAUAAAGUGGACAGAGGCAGAAAUGUAUGGAUUACAAACAUCCAUGUUGGACAAAAGCUACAUCAAUUGAUCUACAGCAAGUCGAACAGUCAUUUAAAAAGUAUUUCCCAAGAUAUCCGUCCUAAGGGCUCAUAUGUCUGACUGUUACCCGUGACCCACGUACCUGGCGGGUCAAUAACCUGAAGGGAGGACAGUCUCACAUGGCACCAUAAUUAACGGGACCCAGGUCACAUUCUGGGAGCCAUGGCUCAGUCACACGGGACGUCCAUCAGUGUCGAAGCUGUGUAGCUCACUGCAUCACAGCUUUCUCACGUCCUUCAGCAGACUGAUCUCUGACCGAAGCAGCUCAUUUUCCUGGCCGGACAGAAACGGUUAGGGGUUAGAGGGUUAGAGGGACAUCACGAUCGGCUGCGCCACGUCGUUACAAGGAGAGUACCUCCAUCAGCUUCGUGUUGUCCUUUUUCAGUUUCACCAGGUACUCGAUCUUCUGACGAUGGUUCUGAUGACCCACUAGCUUCCCGUUCUCUUCAGACAGGAUGCCUACCUGCCUUCUUAAAACCUCCACCUCCUGCAAUAUGCCGCCUGUCAGCUGAACCCAAGCACCUCCACUAUCACAUUGCUAAACAGUGACUUAACAUUAAAAGGUUUUCAACACAGAA